CUUUCAUUGAUUACAAAACAUGGCGUCUGAGGUGGAGGCGGGCAGCGCUCCUGCAACAGAAUCGGAGACAGGAGAGGGGGAUGCUGCUUUUGGGGAACUACCGACCAGCAUGGAUACUGAGUCAUCGAAUGGCAAAGAGGGAAUGGAUACUGCAGGUGAAGGCUCAGAGGCUGCUGAUGCUCUCCCUGCAUCUGGAGACGAGGAGAGUGGGAGGCAGCUGGGGGACGUGGAGCUGCAGUGUGCCUUGUGUAUGAAGUGGUUCACUGCAGAGACGUUUGGCAUUGACACCGCGACCUGUCUUCCCUUUAUGACCAAUUAUGUGUUUCACUGCAACGUGUGCCAUCACAGCGGCAACACAUACUUCCUCAGGAAGCAAGCAAACCUGAAGGAAAUGUGUCUCACAGCCCUGGCAAAUCUCACAUGGAGGUCCAGAACAAAAGAUGAGCAUCCAAAAACCAUGUUCUCCAAAGACAAGGACAUCAUACCGUUCAUUGACAAGUACUGGGAGUGCAUGACAACCCGUCAGAGACCAGGGAAGCUAACCUGGCCCAACAACAUUGUGAAGACAAUGAGCAAAGAGCGAGAUGUUUUCCUUGUGAAGGAACACCCUGAUCCUGGUAGUAAAGAUACUGAUGAGGAGUACCCCAAAUUUGGCCUUUUGGACCAGGACCUGGGAAACAUUGGACCCUCAUAUGACACACAGAAACAGACCACUGGGACUCCCACAUCUGGUGGGCUCAACGGUGGAUCUUCUUUCUCAGGUGCGUUAGCCCCCGGCCCAGGUAAAGGACGAGGAGCCAAACGUAAACAGCAGCAACAGGAAGGCACAGCUGCAGGAGCAGCAAAGAGAACUCGGAGCGACCCUCUCUUCUCCGCCCAGCGGCUGCCUCCUCACGGUUACCCACUGGAACACCCAUUUAAUAAAGAUGGGUACCGUUACAUCCUGGCAGAACCAGACCCCCACGCUCCAGACCCAGAGAAACUGGAGCUGGACUGCUGGGCUGGCAAACCCAUACCUGGUGAUCUGUACAGGGCAUGUCUGUAUGAGAGGGUGCUGCUGGCUUUACAUGAUAGAGCGCCUCAGUUGAAGAUUUCAGAUGACCGACUGACAGUCACUGGGGAGAAGGGUUACUCCAUGGUGAGAGCGUCACACGGUGUGCGAAAAGGCUCCUGGUACUUUGAAGUUUCUGUGGAUGACAUGCCUCCAGAGACCGCAGCCAGACUGGGCUGGUCUCAGCCACUCGGUAACCUGCAGGCUCCUCUGGGUUACGACAAGUUCAGCUACUCAUGGCGCAGUAAGAAGGGCACUCGGUUUCACCAGUCAAUAGGGAAGCAUUACUCCUCAGGAUAUGGUCAGGGGGACACGCUGGGCUUCUUCAUAGAGUUGCCUGAUGGCACAGAGACAGCCAAGGCUCUGCCUGAUACAUACAAGGACAAGGCACUCAUUAAGUUCAAGAGCUACCUGUACUUUGAGGAGAAGGACUAUGUGGACAAAGCAGAGAAAAGCCUCAAGCCGACGAGCCCCAGCAAGAUGAUAUUCUAUAAAAAUGGAGUGAACCAAGGUGUUGCCUUUGAAAACCUGUUUGAAGGCCUCUACUUCCCUGCAAUCUCACUGUACAGAGGCUGCACGGUUUCUGUUAAUUUUGGGCCACAUUUUAAAUAUCCCCCAAAAGACAUUAAGUACCAACCGAUGAGCGAUAUGGGCUGGGGUGCAGUGAUCGAACACACACUGGCUGAUAUGUUGUACCACGUGGAGACAGAGGUGGAAGGACGGCGCAGCCCUCCAUGGGAAGGAUGAACACUUGCUGAAUUCAGUAUUUCAUCCCCAUUCAAAACAAUGUUUCAUCUUUA